CCCAAAAAGCAAAACAGCAGCGGGAUCAGUGGUGGAGCCGUGGAAGAGCGGGAGAAGCCGUCGAGGGAGAAAAAAAAAAAAAAACAGCAGCUGCGGCGAGAAGACGCGACCCGAAACCACCUUCACCAUCCGGACACGCCCGGCCGGCCGGCCGCCAGCCAACCUACCAACGCGACACGGCCACCCCUGCAGUGCGCACAAGCAAGCAAGCUGGUUGUCGAAACCUAGGGCGAGGACCUCGAUCGAGACGUGGACGGGACGAAACCUCUCCGUGACCCUGAGAGGACCUUCGCCGGGAGCCUGCUGAGUGCUGAUGCAGCUUGUGGGCCGCGGGAUGCAGUCGCUGCGAGGAGCGCGGCGGGAGGGCGCGGGUUCCUGUUCCUCCCGGGGCGGCAGGGUGGCGGGCGAGACCGAGGAGCUGGAGGAGGGGGAGGCCCGCUCCGACGACGACGGCGAGGCCUUCGUCGACCCCAACGUCGACCUCUCCUACAUUGAUGAAAAACUUCAACAUGUUCUAGGACAUUUUCAGAAGGAAUUCGAAGGAGAAGUUUCUGUAGAGAACCUUGGGUCGAAAUUUGGUGGAUAUGGUUCAUUUUUACCCACAUAUCAGCGGUCUCCCCUGUUCACUCAAUCCGAAAGCCCACACAUUGCAGCGAACAUUAGCACGUCAGGAUCACCUUACCAACCAUCUGCUGAGAGAAUGGAUCAAAACCCGUCUACUGUAGCUGUGGAGCCCAUUUCCCGAACUAACGGUUCUGGAGCACCUUCAGCUAGUGAUUUACUCAAGAAAAAAUGCCCAAGCACAGACAUUGAGGAAUCGGUUGCAGGUUCUGAUUCUUUGUACAGUUCAUCUAGUAGUGGUGACUCAAAGUCAGUCAAACUUCAGACCAAAGUUUGUCUCAAUAAUGAUCUGCCGAGAGAAAAUGCAGUUAUCUAUAGUGGCCUGGGCCUUGAGAUUUCUUCACCUUCAUCCAUGGAGGAGAGUCCUGAUGGGCUUGGGGGACUAUCUCCUGAUGUGCCAUAUGAAUCACCUCGGACUAUCCUACAGGUCAUGACAUACUUUCCAGUUCCUGGAGGCUUCUUGUUGUCACCUCUACAUGGUAAUUUGCUUCAAUUAAGAAAUAAUAAAGUUGCUCCAGAGCUAAAGAAUUGGGAAACACAUUUAGAUAUGGAAAAUGUAUCUAGAGCGUUGGAAGGACGUUCACAGUCUUCUCAUCCACCUGGACCUAUCAGAGGCAAUGUGGCUAAGCAGAUGAAGCCUUGCAGUAAGAAAAAGGUGUCCAUGGAUACAAAGACUAGAAAAUACAAAGGUGAUGCUAGUGCAAUCAUGAACAAGGAAGUUAACAUCCAAGUGCCUGCCAGCCAAAAAGAGAAGAUGAUGAAUACAAAUAACGAGAAUGGGUUUGAAGUUGGUUCUGCAAGGAAGGAGAUCCCAGCCAGUGUAAAGCACGGACAGUUGUAUAUGCAGCCGACCAGCAGUGUAGCAACUAUGAAUGCAGAUCCUGUUGCUGCACCAGUUGUGAUCGAGGAACACUGGGUGCGCUGUGACAUAUGCCAGAAAUUGCGUCUUCUACCCUAUGGAACAAACCCUUCUAUGCUUCCAAAUAAGUGGAAAUGUACCAUGCUUCACUGGCUGCCUGGGAUGAAUAGGUGUGACAUCAGUGAGGAUGAGACAACAGAGGCUCUGAAUGCAUUGUUUGCCAUUCCAGCGACUGCUGCAACUUUUUCUUCGGGUGGUCCUCAUACUGCAGGUGCAGGUACAGGUACAGCAACAUCCAGUGCCUAUAAUAUAAGUGGACAGUUUGAGAGGAGUAGGAAAAGGAAAAAUGCUCCAAGCAAUGGAAAAGAUCUGGCUGGGAGUUCUUACCGCACACCAUUGUUGACUCCUUCCAUGAGCAACCAACAGGACCCUAUCAGAGAUGAAAGAACUACUGAUGACAUGCACUACAGUUCCAAGACAGAUUCUGUGAGCAAACAUGGUCCCAGGCCAGUGAGUAAAUCAGCUGAUCUUGUUUCUGAAAAGCUGAAGCCUAAGCACAGGAAUCACAGUAGCUACUCAGAUGAAGGAGGUAUUAUGGAAAGGAACAAGGCUCAUCCAAAGGUAAAGACUAAAAUAGGGAUUGAUCAAGAUGAACAGAAAACAUAUAAGAGAACUAAAAUGGAGGAUUGGCAUCAAAUUGACAGAGGCCAGGACCACAAGUGUGAUUCAGAUGGUAUGGAAGUUCCUGAUGAACCCAAAGCUUUGCUUGCAAAGGCAAAAACAAUGAAGGGUUCAAAUGAAACUGGUGACAUUUCUUUACGCAAGGAAGAUAUUGCUUCAGGGUGUGAUUCAUUGGAAAACAUCAAGAAUGUUAAUUCUUUUGGUAUACCCUUUCACAGUGAGAAGAAAGAACAUCCUUCUGAUGUAGACAUAUUAGAUUUGUCUUGCAAGAAGAAUGUAGUGAAGAAAUUGGAGGAGAUUCAGCUUAACUCUUUACAUCGUAUAAGCAACAGGUCCAAGAAGAACUUGAAGGAAAAGAAGUCUAAUACAUUUAAGUCUAAAGAGAUGGCAUCCAAGGCAGAUAGUAGACAUGGAAAAGUUCUGCAUGCGGAUGUUGUGUUGUCUUCUGUGGGGCACCUAAAUUAUGAACUAGGUGCUGACAAGUUUGUUACUGGGAAAGAAAGUCCUGCCAAGCAAGCUUUGGACUUGACUGAAGCCCCUGGAAGGUAUGUAUCCUAUCUGCAGUCUUCUACAGCUGUGACCUCAAGCUCUUCUAAGAUUUCAAGCUCCAGAAGAAACACAAACUCACAAGAAGCAAAGGACUCUCCAGUUAAAUCAGCCUCUUCAUCGCCACCGAGAAAUUUUAACAUUAAAAUGAUUUCCAGUACCAGAAAAGAUGGAAUAGUGGAUGGUUCCUUGGGCAACACACACAACUUAGUAAGGUACCAAAACAGUGAAGUCAUUGCAUUAAAUAAUGGUCAGAAAACUGAAAACUUUGAGGGGGUUCAGGUUGCAGGUGAACCCAAUUUUCAUGGUCCUUUGCAAGGAAUCUCCGAUAGCAAUAUCAAGGAAAUACCUCAGUCAGCUGGUGCUCAAGUCUCCAAUAUCACUGGUUCGGAGAGGAGUUUGGAUAAUAGUCUGCCGAAGGCAUCAUGGAGAGAGGACCUUACUGUAAAUGAUACUGGUGUAGGUAGAGGAGACCACCAACUGUGUUCUGGUGAUAAGAAGGACUUCGAUAUGGAGGGCCGUUCACAGCAUCCUUUUGACAGAAGGGCUACAACUUUGAACACUGAGUCUUGUCCCAUUCAGCAUGGAAGUAAGAACAUUGAAAUUCGCCAAGGUAGUGGAACUGCUCAGCGGAUGGGCAUGUCAUUUGAAAAAGAAAAAUCUCACCUUAGAAUCGAUAAUCAAGAUAUUCAGAACCCUGUUAAUGAAGUUGUCAAUUUUCCUUUGAAAGAAGGUAAACAAAAGGUCUACCCUACUUCAGUAAAAUCUGAUUCAUUGAAAAUGAAAGCAAAGUUAGUGAGGUUCAAUGUUGAAACUGGAGUGCAACAUGGCACUGUUAAGCAAGCGACUUCAAAUACUUUGAAGACAAGUCCAAUGAGGAAGGAUGGUAGUAUGAUUACAUUUGCUCUCAAGGAAGCUAGAGAUCUAAAGCAUAAGGCGAAUGAUUUGAAGAAUAAAGGACAAGAACUUGAAAGUACAGGUCUGUACUUUGAGGCGGCUUUGAAAUUUCUGCAUGUCGCUUUUCUUCUAGAAACACCUAGUUUUGACAUUUCAAGACCAGGUGAUGGAGCUAAGUCAAUGAAGAUGUACUCUGAAACUGCAAAAUUAUGCAAUUUUUGUGCUCAUGAAUAUGAACGGUGCAAAAAAAUGGCUGCUGCUGCUUUAGCGUAUAAGUGUGUAGAAGUUGCUUACCUCAAGGCUGCAUACUACAAACACCGUAGUGCAAGCAAAGAUCAACAGGAACUGCAGGCAGCUGUACAGAUAGCCCGAGGUGAAUCACCAUCAUCUGCUACCCCAGAUAUUGAUAAUUUAAAUAGCCAUGGAUUAUCAAAGGCCUCUUCAUUGAAGGGUGGCAAUUCACCCCAUGUGCCAGGCAAUCAUUUGCAUCUAGCUGUUCACAACCAAGCUCACUUGUUGAGAUUACUUUCCUACACAAAUGAUGUGAACUUGGCAUUCAAUGCAACUCAAAAGGCAGAGUUUGUGAUUGCAUCUGCUGCUGGGAGUAAGGAAAGGGGUGGUGUUGAUGAUGGCCUUGCUUUGGUAAAAACGGUCUUGGAUCUUAACUUCAACAAUGUGAAUGAACUAGUAAGACUUGUUCGGGUUUCAAUGGAAUCAAUAAGCAGCUGAUGAUGUGUUCAAAAAUCAUAAUUGCACAGGAUGUCACACAGUGAACAGUUGAAAUUGGAUUAACAUUGCCAUCUGUGCUCCAUGAUGCUGGUUGCAGCUAUCUCAUAUAUUUUUACAGUGCAAAACAAAUGAACUUACACAGACUGAUGUACGAUGAGAUCUGUGCUCCACAUUUAUCUUUUGGCAUUCGCUGUUUGCAUACAGUUUGCAGCAUCCACUUUUGGUUACUGACAUUCAGUUCCUUAUUGGAGGCAGCACAGGUAACAUGAGUUUUGCUUUCUGCUUGUGUGUGUGUGUCUGUUGUGGGCACGAUGUUGUGUUCGGAACAUAUCUAGCAUUCUCUUAAAUUGGAAAUUAGUGUCCAAGGCUCUGGAAUUUGGGAACAGUACUGCUUCCUCUUGCGGUAGUGUAAGCAUGCAUUCAUGUGUGUCUGUUUCAAUGGGUAUGUUUCAUCUUAACAGAAGAAACUCUAAAUAUUUUUUUAUCCAUUUUGUUUUCUUUGCCUGAUGCUUUGUGUAAUCUUGAACAUGGCAGAGGAGAUUGCUUGCAAUUAGCUGUACUACCAUCAGUUUCACCUCGUAGUAUCAGUAUGUGGACCGGAGUUGAAGCAGGUUUUUUGAGAAAGUGUGAGACUGUUAUCCAUGAGACGCAUAACCCUGGAGAUAUCUUUUGCAUUAUCACAUCACCAGAGCCAUCACAUAUGCAGACAAGGCGGAGACACAUCGACCUCAUCUACUCGGAUCUGAUGAAAAGUUGCAAGUACGAAGCUGCAUUUACGAAGAACGUGAUCGAGAUGGGGCGUGUUAGCCUGGCAGUCAAUUCUGCUCUGGCAUCAUGUCGGCCCGAUCUGCCCCGCCGAGCCGAUCAAAACCAUGCCCACGCUCUGGAUUCUGGAGACUGGAGCUUGUGCCUUCUGCUGCCCAGCGGUGUCAACGGCGCCGAGGCCAAGGACAAGUGGGGCGGCAGCACCGUCCGCUCCGAGCUAGACCACGUCCACGCAUCCUACUGUGCACGGCGUGAGCUUCCCCGCUGUGCGCUUGUGCCUGCAGUUCUACUUCUGCAUCGCCGACGCGUAUCGUACUUGGGGGCUAAUGAAGGUCGGGCCGGAUGGUGGUGAGGCCGAGGUGCUGGCGAUGCUUGCAGCUGUUCCAAACAGGCUUUAACAGGGAGAUAUGAUCUAGAAGUCAGACGCGACGGGGUGGCUCCAAAGUCAGAUGCGAGGAGAAAGCAAGUCACCUGCCGUACCCGAAUGGCGUUGCAGUGAGCUCUGCAGACUGAGUGCAACCAUAUCCGUAUGUAUAACAAAAUAAAGAGUGUUUAGUAAGGGCAAGGUUAGCAAAUACACAAAAAAAGAGAGAGGAAGUUUUGGUUACUUGCACGAGCAAAUGCAACAUGUAUGUGACCUGUGAGAUUGACGCAUGGAUGCCCCACUCUAUCCCUCCGUAUAUUGCAUGAGUGGAGUUAAGCUUAGGCCUUGUUUAGACUAUCUCCAACAAUCGUCACCCAAAAUACAAGACCCAUUUGUCC